AUGACAUCCAUGCGCGAGGGAAUCCAGAGGGCUUAUCUGGACGGGCUCGAAUUUAUCCGUACGAAAAUCUCCGACAUGGAGCGGGAUGUAGACCACGUCCGCGUGUCGUUUUACGACGGCAAGGACGGCGAAGAGGUGAGCGAGGAAAAAGGUGAAGACUAUCUUAAAAAGUGUAAUGAAAAUUUCCUGAAGGCAAAUAAUGAACUUCGUCGGAAAAAUGUCAAACUUAAUGUUAUAGAUAGUGAAAUGAAAGUUGUAGGAGUUAUCAAUAAGUUACGAGAGGUAGCGGAUGUAGACCAGGGGGAGAUAACUUUCAUCACAGAAUUUUGGGAAAAUGUGAAACGAACGGUGGAGGAGUUACGGAUGCUUGUUGAGAAAUUCCAAACGGAUGUGUUACAAAGACUUAAUCAGAGUUGUACAAGUUAUAACAAUGCCGAUAUCAACUUGGAAGUGUCGGAUAGGUAUAUGGAGGAGAUUUCGACGUAUAUAGCCGGUUUGGAAAGGGAGAUAACAAACAUUCGACUUCUAUUGAAGAGCUACGAUAGUGGCAUUCAUCAAGACUUAUACACGGAUUCGGAGUUCUCGGACAAAUUAAUGGUGAGCUGUGAUUUGAAAGCAUUUCCUAUUCUUCGGUUGGUUCCAGAUCUAACAGCAAAGGUGAAUAAACUCUGUGAUAUUUCACGGAAAUGGCUAGACCGAGACGAACAAUAUAUGGACGAGGUGAACAAUUACAUCAAAAAGACACGAAAUAUGACGAAAAAGAGAGAGGAAGUACUGAAAAAUCAAAAAGAGAAACAAAAGAAGAUUGAAAAGGCCGUUAAAACUGCACACAUAUUACUUCACAACAACCGACAAAAACUCCAAAAGAUUGAGAUGGAGUUAGAUAAUUUAGAGGUGCAACUAAGUGGUUUUAAGACGGAGAAGAAAACAAAACACACUGAAAAAUCACAAAAAUCAAGUAUGGCCGACUUUUUGAAAAUUACAUUGACGCAAACAAAGAAAAAUUAUAACCUUCAGAUGAAGCGUCAGCGUCUCGUCAAACAAGUACAUGACUUGGAAGAAUUCUUGAUGUCGAUCGAGAGAGAGUUGUCUGAUGUUGAGGAUCAGAUGAUGGUGAAAAAACAGGAAAAGUUCCUGUUACGUGAAAAAGUAGAAACAAACCAAAAAUCUUAUGAAGCCUAUAAAACGGACUUUGAUCGUUAUUCGGACGGUUUAGAAAAACUCGAACAGGAAGUGAACGUACUGUCAGGUCAACUUUUACAGCUAGAAAUUAUACAGACUUACAAAUCUAGCCCAGAAAAUGUUGAGCAACUCUUCGAUAGACCACAGACUGUUAAAUUAGCCCCAUCAUUAAAGGAAAAGAUAAAGAAGAAACGGAAAACACUUGUGACGUCAGAAUAA